CGCGCUUACCCGAAAGACUGGGUCGAGCAAAUAAGGAUCGACAUACGAAAAAUCCCGCAUUCGCGUGCCGACUCAGCUGGCGUACACUUCGACGAGAAUAGAAUUAAAUUUUCAUCAUCACAUUUCUGUUAUUGUUCUUCAAUUUUAUUAUGACAAUGAAACAAUAACACUGUCAUAUAACUUGAUGUAUAUACAUGCAUACGUUUCGUUAUAAAAAAAACAAAUUUGCAUCACGUUGCGAUCGUGUAAAUUUUCAUUAUUCAUUAGUGAAUCCAAAAGUGUCUCAAGAGGGAGUCAAGACUAAAGAGUUGCCAAGGAAACAGUCAACGAAAGGUGCGCUAGUAUUCAAAGUACUGCAGCUGAAUUAAAAGAUACGUCAGAAAUCACUAGAAGGAAGAUAAAAAUCAAUCAUAAACUGAAUUCUGGCAUUUACUUAUUAUAUCAAAAGUAAAUAAAAAGAAGAGGAACACUGAAUAAGCCUUUCCAGAAUCUACUAUCGGCUGACAAUUAUCAAGAAGGGUUGUAUCAUCACUGGAGAUAAUAUUACUCAGAGCAAAGCAGAUACAUUAUGAUGCAUCACAAGCCUGAUUAAAAAAAAAUAAAUUAGAAAUAUUGAUGCUUUUAUAGAUCAUAGAAAAAGAAAAAAAAAGAUGAAGUGUUUUUUUAAUAUUGAAGAUAGAUUAAAUGUAUAUCAAAAGACCAUAUUUAUAUAGUUUUAUCAACAUUUCCUGCUUGCUGGUUUGCCACCACCAUCGAAGAAAAAGCUGUCGAAACAAUGUGGAGAGCUAACACUCCGUUAGUUCAGUUGCUGUCAAGACUAGGCAUAGUGAACGUGAUCACUAUGAAGAACUAGUCUGCUUAUAAUUUUUAUUUAUCUUUCUUUAUAAUUAUCAUACAGUAAUUGAGUGUUAUAUUAAUCUUUUGAUAGACUGGUUUUACAUUUUAUUACUUUAACUUCAUGAUAUCAAAAGUGAGAUUCUUAUUUUUGAAAUAAAUAGAAAAUUUACAAUUCUUUCUCAGUUAAUUAACUAAUGAGUAAAUAAAUGAUAAAAAACAUUUAUUUAUAAUGUGACUUUAAAUGAUGAAGAUUAGGUUUGAGUUUAGUAAUUUACCAAGAGGAAAGCGAAAAGUGUGUUUCUAUUUUUUUAGAUGAAAUAAAAAUGGGAAGAAUUUAAAGAUAUAAGUGUCAUUAUCAACAAAGUGUGAUAGCAAAGAUUACAUAAAUCCUCUUGAGAUUACGCAUUUGUUCUUUGAUUUUAACGUGAUCAGUUGAAAAAAAAAUUUACGGAGUGUUGGUUUAUUAGAGCAAUCAUGACGCAUCUACUUGAAGAUCCUAAUGAAGAGAAAAAGAAAAAGAGGAAGAAAGCGGAAGAAAUAAACGAUGUUGAAGAUGAGGAUGAAAUUAUGGAUAUUAAUGAAACUCCACCACCUGAUGGGGGUUGGGGAUGGGCUGUAGUUUUUGCGUCUUUUAUGAUACACAUUGUUACUGACGGUGUGACCUAUUCUUUUGGUGUUUUCUAUGUCGAACUUCUCCAUUACUUCAAUGAAGGAAAUGGUACUACAGCUUGGAUCGCAUCGAUCCUUGUUGGCGUAACUCUAUGCUCGGGACCUGUUUCAAGUGCAUUUGUAAAUAAAUAUGGAUGUAGAACAGUAACAAUAGCAGGAGCGCUUCUUGCAAGUUUCUGUCUAUUGAUAAGUGUCUGGGCUCCGAAUGUUUUCACACUUUGUCUUACGAUUGGAAUAGGAACAGGACUAGGUUUUGGAUUAAUUUACUUACCAGCAAUUGUGUGUGUGACGAUAUACUUUGAAAAACUUCGAUCACUAGCAACAGGUAUUGCCGUUUGCGGCUCUGGCCUAGGAACUCUCAUUUUUGCUCCUUUUAUUGAAUAUCUCAUUGCGACUUAUGGAUGGAGAGGAUCAAUGAUGAUUACUUCAGCUCUCGUUCUUAAUUGUAUUAUUUUUGGAAUGGUAUUCAGGCCUGUUGAGCCUGUAAAAAAUAAAAAUAUUCCAUUAAAGGAAAUAAAGUCAUCAGAAUCAACUCUCAAAGUUCUUGAAACCAAUGGAGUGUUAAAAAAUGGUCUAAAUCGACCACACAGUGUAAAUAAUGUUAGUACAACUUAUCAUUUUGUUUCUGAAACAAAUGAUAAUAAGAAAGAUCGUAUAAGAUUUGCAACCAGUCAACCAAUUCUUAACAAAAGCGUUGCAUCGCAUUCAGGUCAUUACCCUCAUGCAGAACAUGGUACAAAGUCAUUUGGCAGUGGUAUAAUGAAUAAACGGGAUAUUUUUUAUCAAGGAAGUGUCGAAAAUAUCCGUAAAAGAUCUGCUUCCGUUGGAUACAAUGAAAAUCAUAUUCCAAUCCAAGGCUCCCUGCGGAGUUUACCUAAUGGAGCAGAGUAUAAAACAAGUGAAACUACUGAGUGUCUUCCUCAUGCUAGAAAAUCUCUUGGGAUUCUACAGCAAAUGCUUCAACUCUCACUUUUAAAAGACCCACUGUUUCUUUUGUUUGUUAUAUCUAAUUUCUGCACAAGCAUAGGAUUUAAUAUUCCUUACAUUUAUCUCAUUCCACAAGCUCAAGAGCGAUCAAUUGCUAAAGACACUGCAAGUUAUUUACUGGCAGUAAUUGGGAUUGCCAAUACUGUCGGUCGUAUUGUGCUUGGAUAUGUUUCAGAUAAACCGUGGAUUAAUCGGCUAUUGGUCUACAAUCUCUGCUUAACUACUUGUGGACUGUCUACAGUAUUAAGUGCGUACUGUCGUUCAUUCAUUUCGUUUGUAAUUUACGCGAGCGUCUAUGGAUUUACUGCUGGCGCAUACGUGGGACUUACAUCUGUGAUUUUAGUGGAUUUAUUAGGCUUAGAACAUCUGACCAAUGCAUUUGGUUUAGUGUUACUCUUUCAAGGAUUCGCAUCAUUUCUGGGACCACCAAUUGCAGGAUGGCUGUAUGAUGCUUUGAAAUCAUAUGAUCCUGGAUUCUUUGUCGGUGGAGGAUUAAUAGCAAUAAGUGGUCUAAUACUAUUUUUUAUACCUUGUAUACAAAGGCGUCUAAAAAGGAAUGAAGAAAAAUUAAAAAUGAUUACUGUUCCUACUUAAUAAUGUGGAGAAUAAACUUGUAUGUUUUUAUUAAAUUAAA